AUGGUUGAAAAUAUUGAGGAUUACGAUUCCAAAUUUUUGGAAGUAGAGAAUGGAAGCUCCUUUUUAUCGCAGACGGAUGGAAGAUUCUAUCUAGUUAAUCAAUUAAAAGUUACAGAGAUCAAUGAAUAUGGAUAUUUAGCUACAUAUACGUUACCUGAGCCAUGCACAGCAGUUAGUAGAAGCUCAUCCCAUUUAUUCUUUGCAUCGAGAAAGAAGAUUUAUAAACUACUGGAAGAUGGUAGCUUUAGCGAAAAAAAACUACGUAAAAGAAUCCUGGGCAUCUUAGCAUUUGACUCCGACACUCCACUAUUAGUGUCUAUUUGUAAGGAUCACAAGCUUCUGCAAAUUAGUUUAAAUGAAAGUGUUAUAUGCUUGGAGAAGUAUACAGAUCGCUGCGAUGCCAGCGUUUUAUACAUCGGUAAAAUAUCGGAAAGCAUUGUGCUUUGUAUAUAUAAAAGCAAACAAUUUGUGAAAUACGCUGUAAUAGGACUAAAUGGAGCAGAUAUUAUUCUAGUUCGUAAAGAUACACUAUCCACACUUCCAACCGUUCAAGUCUGUUAUACGCUAGUUGGUGGCAGAUUAUACAUUAUCUUACACGAUGAUGUGUGCAAAAUCCUGGCAUUCGAAGACAACUUGUGUCUAUUUAGGCUUUUAAGGAGCUUUCCAACUGAUUCGCUACCUAGUUUUCGGGGACAUUUGCAGCUAAUAAAUGAACAUAUCAUAUCAUGUGCGAAUGUCACAGAUGAUUCGAUCGUCUUACAAUAUUUUGAUGUUUAUUCCUUAGUUGUUUGCAAAGAAUUUACUGUGAAACUCGAUUUUACACUAAAUUCAUUACACGCUGUACAUGUAUCAAGCGGUACAAUGAAGCUACUUUCGGAAAAUGAUCAGUCUAAAUUCGUCUCUAUCAAUGUAGCGGUCAAUAAUGACUCAUUAGCUUCGCUAUUGAAUUACCAAGGUGAUGUAAAAUAUGAUAAUGUACAAGAACUAGAAAAGCUAAUUGAGUCCUCUAGUACACCAAUAACCAGAAGUCUUGUAGAUUAUAUUAUAGAAAACAAACUAACGUCGUGUGCGAAAAAGUGUCUACGAUCUAUCCAUAUGCCGGAAAUCGAAUCUGUUAGACUAGUUAAGAGCGACAUUUCUCUUCUAAAUGAUCUCAUUCAAUAUACAAGGGGGAGUGAAGCGGAAAUGAUCAAAGCACUGAAGGAGGAGGUUGAUCAUGCAACAUUCGGAAUGUUCCUGGAACAAUUAUUUACGAUGUUGGACGCAGUUGAUGUAGACCAAGCAUACUUUAAUAGGAGAAUAAUAGGGUUCAUUAAUAUUCUACUCGACGCAAAGCUGCUGGAGCUUGAACAGUUUGAGGACAGAUGGGUCGAACGCUUAAACAAACUUGUGGAGAGCUGUCAGAAUGAAUGUCAAGAUUUACAUAGCCUCCUGAGUUUUACCACGGCACUGCUAGACAACAAGUUCAAAUACACAGUCAACCCCCUGAUGGUCUCGUAUAACAUCUCUCUAUAG